GUUUUGCAUCUAACUUCGCGUUGUUUCUGACAGACGUCAAAUAUUGAAGUAAAAAUUGUUAUUUUUUAACAAAUUUCGCCAAUUUUGUGCAUUUUCAGGCGGCAAAAUGGGGGCUUUCACAAGCAGACAAAAUGCGGGUGUUGAAGAGGUGGAUAUAGCUUCCACACACGCGUACAGAUACCCUCCAAGAAAUGGGAAUUAUUUUGGGAGUCACUUUAUUAUGGGCGGGGAACGUUUCGAUACCCCGCAACCUGAAAGUUAUUUGUUUGGUGAGAAUUCGGAUUUGAAUUUUUUGGGAAGUAGACCAACACCUUUUCCAUAUCCACCCCCACAACCAAAUGAACCAACAAAAACACUUAAAAGCCUAAUAAACAUAAGGAAAGAAUCACUUCGAUUUGUACGCUUAUACAAUGAUUUUAACAAACCAAACAUCGAUAAAUCUGAGAACGUGGACGUAGAAUUAGGCACAAACACGUUAUUCAACAUAGAGUUCACAUUCGAUUGUGAUGUUAGGUGUGCUAUUACGAUUUAUUAUUUUUGUACGGAAGAAAUGACUCCAAAUGGGGUUAUGUAUGUGUCUCGGGAGCCGACUCUAACCUCGGAGACUUUCCAUUUCAAACGCGGCGCCAAUCAGCAAUUUUCGCAACCCAGCCAUAUUUUUAACCCUGCCAAAUACUACAACGAUGAGUUGUUGUAUGAUGUUGAUAAGGAGGUUAUCCCCAUUGCUAUUCAUUGUGUGGCUGAGGAAAAUUCAGAGGAAAUCAGACAAUCUCAUACUACAGUGGGAACAGUGGAGAAAAUUACAGAUGGGACUUAUUUGUUGAAAGCUUUAAAACAGAAGUUGUAUGUCGACGGUUUGUGCUACUUGUUGCAGGAAAUUUAUGGAAUUGAAAAUAAAAAUAAUGAUAAGGCUGGUGGAGACGACGACACUGAAGACAACGGUUCGGAAUGCGUGAUCUGCAUGUGCGACGUACGCGACACCUUAAUUCUACCGUGUCGCCAUCUAUGCUUGUGCAACUCGUGCGCUGACUCUCUCAGAUACCAAGCGAACAACUGUCCGAUUUGCAGGGCCCCCUUCAGGGCGCUCUUGCAGAUAAGAGCCCUCCAGAAGAGCGCCAACGGAAAUUUACCGCCCAUAAGUCCACCAGAUGGCAGCUGCGACAACAUCCCGCCGGGCUACGAGGCCGUGUCGCUGAUAGAGGCGCUGAACGGGCCUUGCGCGCCGCGGGCGCCGCCGUCCGCGAUGCCCGACCUCGUCGAGACGCCGGACAACGAGAACGCCGUGCAGGCGGCGCAGAUCCUCAACAGGCAGUGCGACCGCGGUACGCCGUCCAAGAGCAGGCUGUCGACGUCGGAGCCGGCCAGUCCCGACUACGCGGUCAACGUCAUGAUGACCGCUACGAGGGACGACGAGAAUAACAGGGAAUCCAACAAGUGUCCCCUUUUGGUAGAGGAAGCUGAACCAAUAAAAAGAAAAAGCAGCCUUAAAAAACGCGACUCUCUAAAACUGGUUAACGAGAAAACAGAAAAAGAAGAGCCGCUAGACGAGGACAGCGAAGCUGAAAAAAUGUCUCCAUUGUUGCAAAAACCGAAGAUCACGAUACGCGACAACAACCUCGCUCUUAACAUGGCAGACGCGAUCGAUGCGGAACUAGAAAGCGAUCGUUCGAACACGAAAAAAAAGUACAAAGAGCGCAGGGGUAACAACGGCAACAGCGCCGCCGCUGCCGCCGACGACGAAUCCGACUACUACACGCCCGAGGAGCAGCACGCGCCCACCUCUAACGGCCCGGCGUGCUCGCCCACCUCCGCGAGCGCUCCGAACGGCGUUUGCGACGUUGCCAGGUCGGCGGACGGUUCGCCGAUGUCGCACGCGAGCGGCUCGAGCCAGCGCCACCUUCUGGCCGUCGUCGGAAGCGCCAACGACAAGCCGGUGCACAUAUGAGCGGUGGAGGGGGUGUGGUUGUAAAACGGAAUGAUCACAUCGACGUCGUCUUUUGUUUCCCGUUCAAAUCGGUUUUUGUCGGCUGUCAGCAGUGUUGCCUACCCUACCGAAAUCUCGAUAAAUCUACCGGUAGACAA